AUGGAAAAUUAUUCUUCUAAAUAGUUAUUUAUUGCAAUUAAUUUUGUUGUCGGCCAUACUAAGGUGAAAACACCGGAUCCCAUUCGAACUCCGAAGUUAAGCGCCUUAAGGCUGGGUUAGUACUAAGGUGGGGGACCGCUUGGGAAGUCCCAGUGUCGACAACCUUUUUAUUUUAUUGAAAAUAAUUUUUAAUCAUUUAAAAAAUAUUAAUUUUGUUGUCGGCCAUACUAAGGUGAAAACACCGGAUCCCAUUCGAACUCCGAAGUUAAGCGCCUUAAGGCUGGGUUAGUACUAAGGUGGGGGACCGCUUGGGAAGUCCCAGUGUCGACAACCUUUUUUAUUUGA